AUGUAUCGCCAGGAGACAAGACAAGGCACACUACCAGAAGGACAUGAGUUCGAAUCCCUGCUGACAAGACUUAAAUCCGGCAAGAUAUCAGAGACAGUUAAAAUAGCCAUAGCAGCAAGAUAUUUCUCAGUAGGCAAUGAAUUAAACUAUAAAUUAGUCAUGGAUACAGUAAUACCACAGUCACCAGAUGAAUAUACACUAAAGAAUAACCAAGAUAUACUAGUAUUACUAAUAAAAUACAACAGAACAUUAAAAGUACGUUAUAUUAGUCAGGCUAAAGCACUAAUUACACUGACACCAAUACAUCCCCAUGUAAAUACAAUGUAUUUAUUAGCAACAGAAGCAGGAACAGAUGAAAUACUUAAGGAGACGUAUAAAUUAGACAGGAAUUGCAGAUAUUCAUUACAAUUAAAGGCUAUUUCAUAUAUAUAUGCAUAUAAAUAUGAUGAAGCAUCUGUUGUAAUUGAUAGAUUACCAGAUACAAUUGAUAAAAUACUGUUAGAAAUGAUAGUAAUUAGUCAUAGGAAUACAGGUGAUAUAAGGGGGGUACACAGGAGACUCAAAAAUGAAAUAGAUAAAUUAGGUGAAAUUAGUGAUAAAUCAUUAAGAAAUAAGUAUAAUAUGUAUAUAUCAUAUGGGGAUAGACUAAUUAAUUCUGGUCCUGGUGUAUUAUUAGACCAAAUUAUAUCUGAAGUAGCAGAAUCCUUAAAGAAAUCAUCAGGGAUUGCCUUGGAUACGGUGGAGCACAUGGUGGAACAGACAGUAAAAGAGACUAAAUAUGCUGUAGAAUUAGUGGGUAUCUCGAAGACACUUAAAUUAGAGCUGGAAAUAUUAAGGGCACAAGAAUUAUUACAUAAAAAACGGUAUACUGAGGCAAUUGAACUUGCAAAUAUUUUAAAAAACCGUUAUUUACCGUUAAAUGAAAGUGCUUCUGAAAGAAUUGCAAUAAUUUUGAUAUAUUCUUGCAUAAAUCAAAAGAAAACGGAUAGUUUAGAUAUUCCAUGGAUUGUAAAUGCACUUUCCAACAGGGAAGUAAGGGAAAAAGACGUGGGACUCUCUGAUUUAGUCGAUCUCAUAAAGAUGAAGGAAGAAGUGCCUUCAUUGGAUGAAGGAUCUUUGGUUUGGACGAAGAAAAUGAUAAAAUUAGCAGGUUAUAAUUUUAGUAACGGAAAUUUACCUAAUAAGGAAAGUGUUAUUACUAAUAAGGAAAUUACUGAUAGUGGAAGUAGUAGUCUAAAGAGGAAAUUGCCAAAUAAGGAAAUGUCUGAUAAGAAAAUAUGCUCAGAUGAGAUUGUCCAUAAUAAGGAUAUUCCCCAUAAUAAGGAUAUUGAUACUACUAAUAAGGAUAUUACUACUAAUGGAAAUUCUCCCAAUAAGGAAAUUGAUACUCCCAAAACAGAAAUACCGUUAACCCAAAAUAAUAACGGUCUAAUCUGGAAACCAAUAAUAGAUAUCCCAAUGUACCUUAAUAGACUAGGCAACAUAUACUUCUCAAAUAAGGAUAUCCAACAAGCAGAACAAAUGUACAAAAGUGCCCUAUCUACUUGCACACCAGAACAGUCACAAGAUAUACAGGAUAACCUAAAUCUACUAAUUAAAUAUAAAAAUAGACCAGACACAGAUAUAUCCACAUGCCCAGAAGCAAUGUGCUUAUAUAAGUCACAAGGUUAUACUAAUACACCAACUACAACAGAAUAUAUUAAUAACCUAAUAUACACUAAUACAACAGAACAAUCAGCUAAUAACCUGUAUGAAUUAGCCAUGUCAUUACUAAGUACUACUAAUAUAUCUGGGAGUGCACUAAGUACACUAAAUGUAUCUGGGAGUAGUAAUAAUAUGACUAAUAUAUCUGACAUUAAGACCAAUAAGACUAAUAAUAAGACUAAUACAUCUGGUAAUACACUAAAACAGUCAAAUAUAUCUGAUACUGACCUAAAACAGACUAAUAUUCCCAAUAAUACUAAUAUAUCUAAUAAUCCUGUUGUAUAUAUGACUAACGAGAGAAUCCUUAAUAUACUAUCACUAUGUAGUCUAGUACUGUAUAAUAAACCAAUUAUAUCACAAUAUGAUAUAUCACAUAGUAAUAUAUCUGUAAUAUAUAACCAUAUAGUAUAUUGGUCUAAUAAUCAUACAGUAAUAGAUAUAGAUAUAAUAAAUACAGUAAUAUACUACUGUAUAUCACAAUAUACAACAGAAUCACAGAGAUUAGUAGCAUAUCAUACAGUAAUAUUACUACUAAGAUAUACAAGAUAUAAUAUAAAUAUAUUUACAUAUAUAUACAAUAGAGUACAUAUAUAUAUACAGGAACAUAAGGAAUACAAUGAUAUACUAAGUAUAUGGCAAGAUAUACAGGAUAUACACAGUACAGAUAUAAAUAUGACUAAUAAUAAUACAGAUAUAAAUAUGACUAAUAAUAAUACAGAUAUAAAUAUGACUAAUAAUAGUAUAAUACAACAGGAUACUAGUGAAUUACAGACUAAGAGGGAAGAAGUCAUGCGUAUGCUAAUGGAGACAGGUAAGAAGAAAGAGAAGAAAGAAGAAGGAGAUAAGAAGGGAAAGAGAGUGAAGAGAGAGAAGAAGGAAGAGAGUGAAGUGAAGAAGAAGGUUAAGAUGAGUGAAAGAGAAGAGAAGGAAGAGAAGGAACCAGUGCUUAUUAAGAAGGCAUCACAUACUGUUGUAUCAAGUGAUGAAGAUGAUUAA